AUGUCGGUUUUGAAUCGUCCAGCAUCCGCGGCCCACUUUAGGCGCCCUUUCUUUUCAUCUCCUUCCCAGAGGGACGUCUUCUUCGUCGCUUUCCCUGCACUCAAGGCACAACUGUUGAACUUGACACGAAUAUGCCUAAUCGUCCUCCCCUUUGUGUAUCGCUACAGGCUGCAUAAGAAAUACCCUCGAACGAGCCUUACAUUGCUGCAAAUACCAAUUUUUGCUAUAUGCAUCGUUGUCGCCCUUGCCCUUGACCAGUCCCCGCAUACACAACGAUGGAGAUUGCUUUUGAUGACACAUCGCGAGGAGAUAGAGUGGGCUCGUCAUCGCUUUGAAGAGUUUCUUAGGGCGGAUGGUCCUCUACUGUUGGGAGAAGACGACCCAAGAGUCCAACAGAUAAAGCGAAUAACAGAACGGAUCGUGACAGCUCUGGAAGAACCGGAUCCAGCAAGUCGCAUCGUUACUGCAGCAGAUCGCUACACCAGUAGCCCCUUACAGGCGUCCGCCGCCUAUGAGAUGAAUCUUCGAUUGCAUACAGAGUAUCCCCCCAGUGCAAAGGCUGUGUGCAGUGCCUCGUUACCCUUCUUGCCUGAAAGUUCCAAUCCUGCGAAGGUUUUCGAUUCCUCAGAGUGGAAGAUAUAUGUCGUGGAUCUGCCCAGAAUCAAUGCUUUCGCGCUUCCUACCAGGGAGCUUGUCGUCUACACCGGACUCAUAGAUCUUCUCGAGGACGAUACGCUGAUAUCUGCUGUGUUGGCGCACGAGGUGAGCCACGUGGUUCAGCGCCAUGCCGUUGAGAAUGUACGUCCCUUACGCUCCUUUAUCAACGUAGCUACGAUCGUAUUCGACAUUUUACGAGGGAUCUCCUAUGUAUUCACCAUGUCCUUCCCCAUGAUCAAUGAUGCAGCAGCUUCAAUUUUUAACAUAAUGAAUGAUUACUUAGCUGAACGCGCGUACUCACGGAAACUGGAAGAGGAGGCAGAUUCUUUAGGUCUCGAAUUCAUGGCCAAUGCAGGCUACGAUCCAAGAGGUGCGCUUGAUCUGUGGGAGGUCAUGGCUGCGGUAGAGGAAGAUGCGGCUGCUGCUGGAGAAUCGAUAUCAAUACAGGACCGAAUGACGUUGCUUCGGACCCAUCCCACUUCCCUGCAACGACAGAAGGUGUUUCUAUCAGUUUCACAAACUAUGUUUGGUGUGCUCAUUUGA